UUAUACGCUGACCAAUGAUCAGCUUGCUGGGGCAGGCAAGGCUGUCCUUCAGACCAAGGUUUCCUGCAGGCAGCUGAAGCGGCUAACUAUCCGUAAAUCAAAAUGAAAUUCUAGCACUUAUAUCCAUAUCUAGUGGAUAUACAAGUGUGACAUAACUCUCUCCCUGUCAUUUGUUUGCUGUACCGAUAACCUCCUCUUCUUGAGUUGGGAUGACCAAAAAAAUAGAGGACGGAGCCCAGCCUAUGCUGCUUCCCUCUGCCAAUGGUGAUGGUUCCACUCGCGCAGCAAGCGUUAAUACUGAUGACUACCUCAGUUUUGACGACGAUAGCUUCUACAUUCCGAGCUCAGAGCUCUUGCGAGUGCUUCAAGGGGUGGCAGUGGCGACAAAGACACCUGCAGUCAACGUUGACCCAAUUGCCCAGUGGAUUUCAUUAUACGGAACUCAAAAAGACAACCCGACAGAUUCUCUUUCCUUUGGCGAUUGGAAUGAGGGCAUUGUUACCAAUUUCCUAAAAGAGGACGAGCUGCUACACAUAGCCAACUUAACUCUCGGCGUCACAUUUCUACGUGAAAAGUCUCGACGAGCCAGGGGGGAGGUUCCCCUCAUCGAUCUAGCGCUGGCAUGGGAUCUGAUUCAUGGAGCGCUUACUAGUCCACUCCUCGCCCGGCCUCUGGGUAGCGUAUCGAGGAGCGCACAGGGUUUCCUGGCCGUUCCGCUCUGCAGCUUGGUGGAGGAAGGACACAUUGUUGAGCUGUUUCGGCUCCACGUAUGGCUGCCGGAUGGGCAACGUGGAGAUCCCGAAUUUGCAAUCCAUUCUCACCAGCCUUUCGCCCAGAGCUGGAUACUAGCUGGUGAGGGAAAGAAUCAUUCAUACAAUGUCAAACCAGUUGCAACUUCUGCGGAGGGCACCCACGCAGCGUAUGAACUCUCCUGGAAUGACGGGAGGAAUACGGACAGAGCAUAUAAAACACAUCAGGCAUCAUCCACCAUUACGAACACACGAGUGUUGAUGCAUGCCUCGCCAAAGGAAGUGGCAGUUCACCACCGUGACGCGACGUACACUAUUCCAGAAGCCGCAUUUCACAGCACAGAAGUAUUGCCUGACGCAUUCCAUGCUACACUUUUUUUCUUCGAUUCUCACCGUGGAUUCAUGAAAGAUGCUCGGGUGCUGGGUCCCAAGGAUGUCGAAUCAAAGACCCAGUUGCGUGAUGCCUCUGGUGUUACUUCGACCGCUCUUGCAAACAUGGUUAAUGCUGUCCGCGAAUGGGAGAUGUUCAUGGAUCAGGGGCGACAACAUGCACGGCGUGCUGAGUGGGAGCACGCGCUACGGGAGUUUAACAGCGCUCUUAACAUGUGCCAAUCUACAGAAUACUUUUCAGGCUUGGCAUCUUAUCGGCAUCUAGUACUAGGGGAGCUUGGGAACACCAACAGGCGGUUUGGGAGGUAUGAGAAGGCCAAGGAAAUGCUGGAACAGGCGGUUGAAGAAAUGGGAUCUAGCCUCCAGCGCGUAGAGUUCAGUGGUGAGCUAGGCGUGAUAUAUCGGCAUAUGAAUCGUCUUGAGGAAGCGAGGCAUGCAUUCCAGGUUCAAUAUGACACAGCAAAGCAGCUGCAGUUUGAUCAUGCGAUGUGUCGUGCGGUCGGGAAUUUAGGUAUGAUCAAUUACCAACUUUCCCAGCAGAACGGUGACGAAGCACUGUUAGAGAUGGCCAUCGCUCAGCUUAAUGAGCGCGUCCGCAGUGCUCGGCAUAUCAAAGAAACCAUCCAGUCUCAAUCAUUUGACCUGAACAUAAAAUUGGAGUUGUCAAAAAUUGCAACGACUUGGGAGUCAAUCGGCCUAUCUCGCCUUUCACUCUGCUAUGCGGCGAAAAGAGAUGCCAAACAGGCCAUUGCGACAUCAUUAGAGUCAUUAAACCUCAGCAGCCGCUCAGAAGAUUCAACGGUGGUCGCCAUGUCUCGUUUUUUCUAUGGCCGGGCGUUGCUUCUAGAUCAACAACUUGACGAAGCUCUGAAGCAGUUUAAUCCAUGGAUGACGUGCACACCUGCUAUGGCACUGUGCAAAGAGCCCUCCGAAGAGCACCGUCAAUAUUUACGAGAACUGGUUGACGUGGGUGCGGACAUGGACUUGGUCGACGAACAGGGAUAUACAGCAUUGGAUUACGCCGUUUUCAACGGCGAUGUAGAAACUGAAGCUUUGGUACUGGAAGGGCUUCGCCGGAAGCUCGAAGGAGACGUAGAAAACGAACUUAACGAGCUCCAGGUGGAGGCGAGGAUUCGGAAAGGUUACCGGGAGUUAUUUCAAGAAAAGAUGCGGCCUGCGCUCCUCAGCGGCGGAGGUUUGCAGUCAUUACGGCAUAUGUACGCGAACGAGCUCGCAGCUGACGAUGAGAAACGACGAAUGUUCGAUGGUCUCAAAUUCAUGAGAUUCCUGGACUUUUUAAAGUUUGGAAAACUCCCUCGAUCAAGCGACAAAUUGGCGCGGGAGUUCAUGUCAAGACCUAAUGGGAAUGAUCGAAUCGGUACAGCGGACUUUGUCAUUUUCUUCUCAUACAGAUGGAUCAAUAGGGAACCAAACGCUUCUUCACCAGACGACAUCGAUAACAUGCAAUAUCGUCGAAUGAUAGCCGCAGCCGAGCAGUUUCUCAAACUCCAUCCCUCGGUGGAAAUGGAGAAAUUGGGGAUCUGGGUAGACCACGCCUGCAUCGACCAAGAAAACCCUGCGCCGGGGGUCUCCGCCUUACCAAUGAUUCUCGUCCAAUGUGACGCCGUAAUCAGCCUCUUCGAUGACCUUUACCACCACCGCGCCUGGUGUUCUGUAGAAGUGAUGAUGGUGCAGACGCUUCGAAAGUCCUAUGGUCAACAUCUGUGGUAUGAACAGGUGUUAGCACCGCAGUCACAGGGAGAUGCUGACGAUGCUGGCGAAAGUCGUAAUGAGAAGUGGAUUUUGCGAGAGGGACCGAUUGAGUUGGAGAUUGUCAUGGCAGAAAAGCGAUUGACUUUCGAGGAGGAUCGGGCAAAAGUGUUGUUUUUGGAAAGGCAGAGUCGGUUGUUGGGAUAAUGGCUUGACGUUUACUCGCAUGAUGUGACUGCUUGGUUGGCUUAGACCCGUCCAGCAGAGGAGUCGAGCCUCACCCCUUGCGUAGACGAUUAGAAAUAAAAAAGAAUAGAAAUAGAGCCAGGCAAGGUAUACGAGAAACUUACUUGCCCACUUGUUUAUCACCCAAAAUGUAUGUACAUGUACUUGACCGGGUAAUAGGAAGUAGAUAAAUGCGGCGGCUACCAUCACAGGGAAAUAAUUGGAGAACCAAAAAAAAAGUAUCGAAUGUGCUUGAUAUUCAUCUAUCUGAAUCCACCCGCC